UAUAAUCUGGCUCUGGGCUCCAGGCACGCGAUUUUAGGGUGAAAUGACAAAUAUUGGCUGCAAAGUGCCAUGAUUUUGCAGCGUGAAGGUAAACGCACGCGGACUGCAUUGAUUGUGUCGUGCGCUCUGCAGGGCUGCUCUCAUGAUGCUGCCAAGCAGCGCUGCGCUGUGUGAGAAAUCAAAGCGCAGGCGUCGAGUCGGGAGGGAGCCCAUCCUGCGCAGACUAGGUAUCUUUACUGUACAUGGCCAUUGAUGCUGCUGGAUACAUGAAGCCCCUGGUGUCAACAGGAAUGGCGACAGCGGUGGAUCUAACAUGUCGCUGUUUUUCUGCGUGAUACCGAAACAUCCUUUUUUUGGCGUUUUCUGACAUUUUCUUGAAUUUGGCCCGAAUCUGCUGUGACAGCUGGCCCGAUGGUUUUCAUUUGACACACAGAGCUGACGGGCGGCUUCCUGAUAAACACUCGACUCAAGCAAGUGGGUCAUUAUGACCUUAGUAUCCGCCAGUAAAAGAAAGCCAUCGGAUUGUGUUUACGCGGCAGCUCUCUGGUUGCACAUUCUGCUUUGGAUUUCGCGUUCCGUGUCCGGAGAGGCGCAUCGGCAGUUCAGCGUCGAGGGAUGGCUACAGAGGUAUGGCUACCUUUCCCGCACAGAACCGGGAAUGUCUGUCCAGCGCUCGGCCCAAACCAUGCACUCAGCCAUCGCUGCCAUGCAGCGCGUCUACGGUCUCAAUGUCACAGGGACGCUGGAUGAGAAAACCAUGGAUGAUAUCACAUUAAGAUGGAUGCAAAAACCACGCUGCGGAGUUCCGGACAAAGUCAAGAGUGCCACGAGGUCACGGAAGCGGAGAUACGCAUUGACCGGGCAGAAGUGGCAGAGAACGCACAUCACCUACAGCAUAAAAAAUGUCACACCAAAGGUCGGUGCCCGGCAGACUCAUGACGCCAUCAGGCGGGCCUUCGAUGUGUGGCAGGGUGUUACCCCCCUACGUUUUGAGGCAGUGCCCUACAUUGCCCUGGAGACGGGGAGGCGGGACGUGGACAUCACCAUCAUCUUCGCCUCAGGUUUUCACGGUGACAGCUCACCGUUCGAUGGGGAGGGAGGAUUCCUCGCUCACGCCUACUUCCCAGGCCCAGGCAUAGGAGGGGACACACACUUUGACUUAGACGAGCCUUGGACCCUCGGGAACUCCCACCAUGAUGGUAAUGAUCUGUUUUUGGUUGCGGUUCAUGAGCUGGGGCACGCCCUCGGCCUGGAGCACUCCAACGACCCCACCGCCAUCAUGGCCCCCUUCUAUCAGUACAUGGACACAGAAAACUUCAAACUACCUCACGAUGACCUGCAGGGCAUCCAGAAAAUCUAUGGACCACCAGACAGAGCUCCACAUCCCACUAAGCCCCCUCCCACGGCCCCGCCGCCUUGCUUCCACCCGCCUUCAGAUCCACGGAAACACGACCGCCACACCAGACCCCCUCUCCCCCCACAGGGAGCCAAACCUUACGACCCCAACGCAAAACCUAACAUCUGCGACGGAGGCUUCAACACUCUGGCCAUCCUCCGACAGGAGCUCUUCGUUUUCAAGGACCAUUGGUUUUGGAGGGUGCGGGAUAACUCCGUCGUCCCUGGUUACCCCAUGCAGAUCAACCUCUUCUGGAAAGGCCUGCCUGCCAAGAUCGAUGCUGUGUACGAAAACAGCGAGGGGAAGUUUGUCUUUUUCAAAGGAAAUCGUUAUUGGGUGUUCAAGGACACAAUCCUCCAGCCCUCUUACCCUCAAGACAUCUCUCUGUUCGGUAUCGGCAUGCCCAAACAGGACAUCGAGACGGCUGUUUGGUGGGAAGACGUUGCCAAAACCUACUUCUUCAAAGGAGACAGAUACUGGAGGUACAAUGAGGACACAAGGAUGAUGGACCCAGGUUACCCCAAAUCAAUCUCCAUCUGGAAGGGCCUCCCCGACUCGCCACAGGGAGCUUUUGUAGAUAAGACCAAUGGGUUUACCUACUUUUACAAGGGGAAGGAGUACUGGAAGUUCAACAACAAUCUGCUUCGUGUUGAGCCCGGCUACCCCAGGUCCAUUCUGAGGGACUUCAUGGGAUGCGACGGUUACCCUGCCGACCCCAACUGGGACUGGAGUCCCCCAGCGGCAGAGGAGCGGCACUACGACAACGGUGACGUUGACGUGGUCAUCAAACUGGACAGCACAGGCGGUACGGAGAAAGCGGUGGCCAUCGCCAUCCCCUGCGUUCUGGCGCUGUGCAUGAUGGUCCUCCUUUACACCAUUUUCCAGUUCAGGAGGAAGAGCACACAGCGCCACAUACUGUACUGCAAGCGCUCUAUGCAGGAGUGGGUCUAAGGUCCUAAAGGAGAGAGUAGGAAGCUCUGAUUAAGGUCUAGAUUUUGCUUAAAGCCCUAUAACUGGAGACACUAUAGGAGGAUACAGCACAGGUUUGCCAUGUUGGCAGGUUGAGAAGCAAGCAGAGUCAGCAGAACUCACAUGAAGACGGGGCCACGCCUCCUUUGUCCAACCAAUAUGUAUGUAUCUACUUUGACCCACUCAAUUAAGUUGGACAGAAUUACGCUUCUGUAAGUGGGACCUCUGUCUAUUCCCAUCUCUGCACGCCGCUUCAAAAGCUCUCAGCAUUAACUUCAGAGGACAAAUUAGGAUCCUUACUUUCCUUAAUGAAAUCCUCCAUAGCUGUUCUUUCUUUUUUUUUCUUCUUCUUCUUUUUUUUUUUUAAAGUUUUGACCCCUGUAAAAUCAUUCAUGUGGAGGAGCUGUACACGAACCAAAUAUAACCUUUUCUUCCAAAGAGGAUUACCGCUCGGUUUGGAUGUUUUUCCUCAGCGGAUCACGCUCUGAUUUUCUUCAUUUGCUCUGUCAUUUUUUGGGGGGAAGGAUGCAGCAUUUAGCAAAAGCGAGGAACCUGAGGCUCUUGUGGCAGUUUGUUUUCUAAAGACAAGAGGGCCAAAAUCCCUCUCUGCAAUAUUGAUGAGACGGCCUUAAAUAAUCCCAGAUUAUGCUGGUGUUGACGUUGGAUCCUCAGUGACACAGUCAGAAAAGAAAACGCCGUGUGAAGUCUGUAAUUACUGCCCACAGUUUGAUCCGCAACAGGCGCGCCGCUCUUGGAAAAUGUCAGCUGCCAAAUAUCAGCUUUCAUUAACUGCCUCACCAGAGAGACAAAAGGGUGGCUAGUUGUGUGUCUGUGUGUGGGUGUGUGUGUGUGUGCGUUUGUAUUGUGCGGAUGUAAAAGACAGAAUACUCGCUUUAAUGGGUGUGUAGUGUCAUGUUUGAAACGGCUUCUGUUUUUCUUGAUAAGUUUACUCAGAAACUCUCCAGAGAGCGGCUUCGCUUUAACAGCUUUUUAAUUCACAUUUUUUUGGUGUUUUUUAUUUAAAAAAGUGUUUUGGAUCAUUGUUUUCACGCACAACGCCACCCAGAGGAAGAAGAACGCCAUCUACGCCUCUUUCUGAUCUGGAAGAAUGUCACGCUUCACAAAGGUGAUUCCAUCCUUUCCCUGCAGUUUUUGAUCAAUAGCAUCUCUGUACAGAAGACUGCAUGUCCAAACAGAAGCAGGAAAUUAUCACUGAUAUAUCCAAACUUUCUUUGAGUGAAUUUGGGAAUUUGAGGAGCAGAGCUGUACCAGUAGAGCCUGUGGGUUCAGUAAUAGAACCAGGCUGCUUUAUGCACUGUAACUACAACUAACCCUUAUGCAAACGCAAUCCUGAGCUGAAAGUAUGGGACGCUAAACAAAUGACAUGUGGAUUCAUUCACUGGGUUUUAGGAAAAGCAGCACAGUGACCAGAAUCUGACAUUUGUGUUCUGAGCCACGACGUGUGGCAGAUGCCUGGACACAUUUUAUGGGGAAAAGAUGGCGGCACUAGGGAACUUGGGAGUCAGAUCAGGCCGAACAAAGCCAGACAUUAUUAAUUUUUCAGUUGCUGUUUUACUUUGUGUUGCAUCACGCAGCUUUGGUACUAAUGAAACGCCGUCUUUAAAAGCGUCGUGUGGCUUUCUCAGAUCUUGUUAACAGCUCUGUUUGUACUUAUGAAGAUGUUUACGCUCACAAGCUUCUUUAAAAGGAACCGGGAGCUCAUCCUUAACAACUUGAUCAUCUAUGGAGGUUGUUUCCAUGUCACAGUGUGAGUAGUUUUACACCAAAAAGAUAAAUAAAUAUGUGAGAAAUAUGUUAACAUUUUAUGAGAAUAAAGUUGUAAAAUUAGGCAAAAAAAUUUCAGCAAUUUAUGAGAAAUAAAUCAUAUAACAAUUUAUAGGAAUAUAUUUGUAAAAUUAUUAGAUGAUUUAUGAUAAUAAUGUCAUUACAUACAUAGUCAAAACAACGAUGGGAAUAAAGUCUCAGAUUUAUAAUCAAAAUGUCAUAAUUUCACAAGAAUAGAUUUUUACAUUUUGAGAAAAAAUGUAACAAUUUAUGAACUUUAAGUCAAACAAUCAACAUAAAGUCACCAAUUCACAAGAAAAUAGUCGUAAAAUUAUGAGGAAAAAGUCAAACUUUUACAAGAAUAAAAGACAAAGUCGUAAUUUUACAAUAAUUGAGUUGAUAUGAGAAAAAAGAAAAAACGCAAUCUAAAAAUUAAAUUUAUGACUUUGUUUUUGUAAGAUUACAUUUUUUUAAAUGUAAAAAAAAUAUUUUACAUUUUUCUACCUAGAUCCCAUAAAAUUAUAAUUUCUUUUCAUAAUUUUAUGGUGUUGUUUGUUCUUGUUAAAUUAUGAUUUUUUUCUCGAUUUCCUUUUUUACGGUGGCCCUAAUGUUAAGUCAUACAAUUUACUUAAAGGACUAUAAAAAGUAAAGGAAAAUUACGUCAGCCAAACACCAAAGUAUCAAACCAGAAACAGCAAAGAGCAUGAAUAUCUGCACAAAUGUUUUGCUUUUAAUGGUUUGGUUUUUACUUUUUGAACAUUUCAUGCAUCUUUUUUCAUUUUCUGUUAUAAAAUACAUUUGAAUGUACUUUUAGACUAUUUUGACUACAGAUGAAAAAGGCUUUUUAAUGAACACAUGUUGGCACAUGUAGAGUAAUGUUUAUGCAAGUUUGGCAGCAUCAUUGACUCAAAAACCUCCACAAAACUAUGAAACAGCACUCAUGUACCUGCUAAACUAGCUGGUGAGUGUAAACACCACAUUGCUUUUUAAUUGCUUUUCUGUCCGCUGUUCAGGAACCGUAAUCCAAUCUUCCAUUUUUCUAAGACACCAGAUAUUUAAAACGUUUCUGUCUGAAAGCAUUGUUCGACUCCUUGGGCUGAGGUGCUUGUGGGAAGGUCGCUGUUAAAUCAAGACGCCAUUCCAUCCCUUUUGUUGACGACAAAUCGCUCUCGCUCCAGUCAUCUUUGCGGUGAAAUGCCUGAUCAGCCUCGUAGAGCCCCGAUCCAAGCAUCGACAGAGUCAAGAUCUGGCCUGACCUUGUGGUGUCGGUCUUCAAUAUCAAAACUCUAAGACCGGUGGAAGCAGGAGCCACUUUCAUUUGCGGGCGCGCCGUGCACAUCGGCCCACGUCGAUCCGUGACCACUGUAAUUUAAAGGCUGAGGCGGACGCCUCCGGCUUGGUGUCGUGCGUGAUGUUGUAUCAGUGUGCGUGUUUGUGGUGAGGGUGUGACAGCUCAGAGAUGGAGAACUGAACAAGGCCCCAUAGGCGAGUGGAUAAUGUAUUUAUUGCUGUAGUUACCCCUGUGUGCUCAGAUUUCAUUGCAUUGUACUGAAAACAACAAGCUGUCAAUAAAGUGGGUUUAAAAAUGCAAUAUUUUCUUCAAGUCUCACUGCUACAGAGUAAUACCACUCCCUCCUGUUAGAACAGAGGCAGUUUGUUUUGUGUUUUUCCAUCUUCUGAAGAAGCAAACCCGACGUUGAAGGUGACGGACAUCCAUGGUCUCAAACAAACAUCUGUGGACCACAGGAAGCUUUCAACACAUCGAUGACACGGACCCCGUUUGUCUCCAGACUUCUGUUUGUGUGUGUGUGUUUUUUGUCUGCCUUGACACUUGCUGCUAAGCAUUAGGGCUAAAUUGGAGUCUUAUCAAAAGACACAGAGAGAUCACACCGAAAGACAAGGAGGAAAGAGGAGAUGAAGAGCACUCUAGAUCUUCUACAGACAUGUGAAACACAUUCUCUGAGGCACCAUGUACAAGAGGUUCACUUGUGUAAAUAAUGUACAAGCCGGGCUGUAUACUCUGCUUUGGACACUUUUGUUUUUGAUCCACCGACUCCAUGGAGAAAGAAAAUACCGUCUGUUGUAAAUAAAACGAGUGCAUAUUCAUUA